UUGCCUUCCUUCCUUCCGGCUCACUGCCUAACUCAGGGGUGCUCUCCAGCUGCUUGGAAAAGGGGGCCAGUGAACCCCACAGACAUCUCAGGGCGUCAGGACUACACAGCCACCCUUAUUUCGGGGGUUUCCCGCAUGACACCCCCCCCACGGAGCCUCGAUCUUAUAAGAAGCCAUCUGACAGCCCAGAAGGAAGAGGUGGAGGAGGAGGACGGAGGGCUGGACGCCCCGCUUCUGAUCCAGCCCCCCACAGAUCAGACCUCAAGAGAUCCAGGGCAGCUUGAGAAAGGGGGUUUGGGGGACCCGAGCCCCCCCUCCCACCGUCCCCAUGGACCUGCCCCCACAGCUGUCCUUUGCCCUCUACGUGGCUGCCUUCGCGUUGGGGUUCCCGCUCAACGUGCUGGCCAUCCGGGGUGCCAUGACCCACACCCGCCGCCGCCUCACGCCUAGCCUGGUCUACGCCCUGCAUUUGGGGUGCUCCGACCUCCUGCUGGCGCUCACGCUGCCCCUGAAGGCUGUGGAGGCCCUGGCCUCGGGGACCUGGCCUCUGCCCCCCAGCCUCUGCCCUGUGUUUGCCCUGGCCCACUUUGCACCCCUCUACGCGGGCGGGGGCUUCCUGGCCGCCCUGAGCGCUGGCCGCUACCUGGGGGCUGCCUUCCCUUUCGGGUACCAGGCCCUCCGGAGGCCCCGCUAUUCUUGGGGUGUCUGCGUGUUUAUCUGGGCGCUGGUCCUCUGCCACCUGGGCCUGGUCCUGGGCCUGGAGGCCCCGGGGGGCUGGCUAGACAACAGCACCCACUCCUUGGGCAUGAGCAUCCCCAUCAAUGGCUCCCCGGUUUGCCUGGAGGCCUGGGACCCAGCCUCGGCUGGACCUGCCCGCCUCAGUUUCUCCAUCCUGCUGUACUUCGUGCCCCUGGGGGUGACGGGGCUGAGCUACGCGGGCUGCCUGCGCGCCCUGGCGCUCUCGGGGCUCAGCCACCGGCGGAAGCUGCACGCGGCCUGGGUGGCGGGGGGCGCCCUGCUCACCCUGCUGCUCUGCCUGGGCCCCUACAACGCCUCCAACGUGGCUGACUUCCUGAACCCCAACCUGGGCGGACCCUGGAGGAAGCUGGGACUCAUCACUGGGGCCUGGAGCGUGGUCCUCAACCCACUGGUGACUGGAUAUUUGGGUGCUGGCCCCAGACGGGGGACCGUGUGUGGGCCCAGAACCCAGGGAGGGCCCUCCCUGAAGUAGCUGCCCCAGCUGGGCCUACAGGUGGUCAGGAGGCAGGGGAAAGAGGGGUGCCUGCCGGUCCUUCUGAUUGUCUGCCCACAGGCUGGACUCAUAGGAAGGAGGCUUUGGAGGUGAGAUGGUGGGGGGACGGUGCCAGCCUGGUGAUUCUCUUUAGAAAUCACCCCAAGAAACCGUACCCCAAGAAAGAACCUUUGAAUCUGGAAAGAAGAGAGGAGGCAAGAAAAAUGUAGAGGCCUCUGUCAUACCAUCUUGCGACCACAAGGUGGCAGCAUGCAAACAGGAAGUUGGUGACAGUGGCUGACUGAUAAACAGCUAAUUUGUGCUUGUCUUUCUUGUGCAUGCCUGUGUGCAUGUGUGUGUGUGUGUGUGUGUG